AUGCGGCCUCAAUACCCUCAUUUUGAGCCCUACAACCUCUCGCCCCUGGAUCAUCACCUUCCGCCUAUGCACCUGACUUUCUUUUUGACAUUCAAGCCAGAACACCCUGCCCAGGCACUGUCGACUCUUGAAUCGGGACUUAACAAAUUGCUAUUGUCUCUGCCGUUCUUGACAGGCAAUGUGGCCCGUGUAUCCCAACCCCGUGGUGUACGACAGCUGCAUCCUGCAAUCCCAGCCUUGCUAGACGAAUAUCCUAUGCUCAAGGUCAAACAUCACGAUCAGACCUAUAUCCCUAGCAAUCGGUCUUCAGAUCGCGAGACGACAAAAAUAUCAUAUGAUGAAGCUUUCAUUGCUAUCCCGCUUUAUCAUGCGUGCAACGAGCUUAGCCCUGCCUUCCGACUUCAAGCCAAUGUUCUGGAAGACGGGAUCAUUCUCUGUGCCACUAUGCAUCAUACGGUCAUGGACGGCAAAGGCUUAACGAAUGUGCUGCAAGCCCUGUCGUUGUGCUGUCAGAAUGCAUAUAUCGAAGGACCGCUCGUGCCUCUGACUACUUCAGCCGAGCAACAAUUUGGUCGAAAGCAGAUUCUUGAAGCUGGAUUGGCCGCCAAUCCGUCGCCCUCCAUCCAAACAGAAGAUUCCUCAACAUCCGACAAGACUUCAGUUCCGUCCAUUCCCGAGGUCCCAAUAACUCGAAGACUUGUCAUCUGCGAUGAUAAGCUCGCACAGCUGCGGGAUAUGUGUGCUUCUUUGGGGGAUGAGUCCACCAAGUUGUCUCGCAAUGACAUCUGCGCGGCCCUGAUGUGGCUUUGUGUUAUCCGAGCCCGGGAAAUUGCGUCGCCUGGCUCUGCCGAUGCAAACCGGAAGUCUACCAUGAUGACUGUUUCUGAUACUCGCGGGGUCAUGCGACCGACUCUUCCGGAAACUUAUAUGGGCAAUGCCUACACUGCACUGUGUACCGACAGUCCUCUGCACCAAGAAGCCUAUUUCAAUGCGUCUUCCAAUUCCCUCGCUAAUCAGACACGGGGGCUGGUAAAUGGACUCACGCAUACAGACAUUGCAUCCGUCGCUCAAUUGGCCACUGCUAUUCGACAGGAUCGAAUCGCCCUCAACGACGAGUAUAUUCGAAAAGAUCUCGCCAACGUCCUCAAUAAACCGGACUGGCAGCCAACUUUUCUCGAACAGUGUGACUACGGACAAAGUAGCCUGCGGAAGUUUGGACUCUAUGAUAUGGACUUCGGUUCUGCGCUGGGUAAGAUUUCGGACUUUGAUAUCCCCGACGGGAGGCUCAGCCGCAUUGCCUGGGACUUGCCGGCGCGGUAUGCGAACGCGCCGUGGGAGCUACGUAUUGGACUUGAGCCGAAGGUGAUGGAAGGUCUGAGAAUGGAUCCCUUGUUCCAAUGGGUUGAGGUGAAAUGA